AUGGACUACUUUAACAAAACUGAUCCAAAAUGCUGGUCGCUUUUGGGAUAUCUCCAAUGGAGAUCCGACUUAGCGGAUUUUGCAAGUAAAACGUAUGAACAUAGCGUUUUUAUUGAUAUAAUCAGAAAGAAGAGCUUAUACCAAGUUGGGGCAGAAGGAGAAGCUGCAAGGCUGAUAUUGGGAGAUUGGCAGGAUAUAAAAAAUUCGCCAGAAGUAAGCGCUUUUUGGAAUAAUUACAAUAACACGGACGUGCAAAGGAAGAGAAAACUAUGGCAAAUAGAAUCUUCUGAUUUAGAAUAUGUAUACAAGCGGGAUCAGCAACUGGGAGAAGAGAUUAAGCUUAUUCGAGAUAAAAGAAUUAAAGCCCAAUAUAAUGGCCUAACUCAAAGUCAAUUUGUUGAGACAAACGCGUCUAUAAUGAAUCUUUCAAGUAUCAUUAAUAAUCCUGAAGAGUCUUAUUCUACAAUCGUUCCUAAUAUAAACAUUUCAAGUAGCAUUAAUAAUCCAGAAGAGUCUUAUUCUACAAUCGUUCCUAAUAUGAACCUUUCAAGUAUCCUUAAUGAUCCAGAAGAGUCUUAUUCUACAAUCACUCCUAAUGAUGAUGGUUUCAAGACGCCGCCUCAGAAACCAUGUAAAACAACUAUAACAACGCCACAAAAACCAAUACUUUAUGAUAAAACUAUGCAGUACUUAGUCAAUCAUUUUUCAAUAAACGUCAACAAACAAUGCGUGAUAAUGAAAGCUGAUAAUGUUGAUGCUUUUCCAAAAGAAAUUCGCAGUUGGCUUAUAGACUCAGAAAAGAACGCAUUUGAGAGUGCUAUUAUGACUCCACCAAAUCCCGAUCACCCAUUUCGGAAAGUUUGCAAAAGUAUUCUAUACGAUUUUUUUUCCAUGACAAUUGAAGGACCUUUGAUUCGAUAUAUUGGUGAAAGAAAAUAUACCGUUGAUAGAAUUGUUCCUUUAUUUAAGGCCAUCCAAUCUGUUUACCGGGAAUAUACAUUCGAUUGGAUAGAAGUACAGGCCAACUGUAUAAAGGAUGCAAGAAUGUUGUUUCCAGAAUUUGACCUGAAGUUAAAUAAAGUAGACGGAAUUGGGUUUAAGGUUUCUAGUAACAAAGAAGUUGUAUUUAUCGAAGUAUCCGGGGGACCGGAAAAUGCCAUUUUAAAGCACGUCAGAGAAGACACUGAAAAACUCAUAAAAGAGGGUAUGUUUGGCUUGGUUGCUUUACUCAGAGACUUUUUAGAUAAAAAUGCAGAAUGCGCAAAGAAUAUUUGUACCUACAUGUUUACUAUAGGUGACCGAAUCACAUUAAGUGAGCUUCGUCUCGAUGGAAGACACUAUUAUAAAAUUUCGCAAAUAAAGUCUGCUAUAUUACCAUUUUCUUUUGAGGAAGUUGAAAAGUUUAUAGAAGUAUUUGAACUGCUAUACGCUUUGGUGAAUGGUCUUAAAAAUCAAACAAACGGAUUAAAGAAAUUAAUGCUUGCUGAUUCUAACAGUAAUGAACCCACAAUCCGGGAUUGGAAAUACUCUUUUAACAUGGGAAG